AUGAUUUUUGCCGAAUCUGCCACGAAUGUCUCGUUUGGCGGCAUAGCUAGAUACUUGUGCUAUGAAGGAUUUUCUUUUGCCAGCGGUAAUGCCAAGGAGGAGAUUCGUUGCAACAUCAAUGGCAAUUGGAGUCAUGCUCCGAGCUGUAAAUCUGCCAUGUGCCCAGCGCUGACGCCAUCUGCGAAUGGUGAUCCUCGUCUUGAGUUUGGUGACGGUACUGGUUACGGCACCGUAUUCCGCUUCGACUGUCAUCAGGGAUUGGCGCGAAGGCACUGCCACAUUGCUAGUCAGAUGAAUAGACAAUGGUCUUUCGAGCAACCAAAAUGUUUGAGCUACCGCCCUUUUCCCUCUUCAACAAUUCAGUGCGCCCUCGGAGCUGCUUGCAUGCUCAGCGAAGACGUGGGCAUCUCUUUUGGUUUCAUUCCUGAUGGAGCAUUCGCGGACAAUUCUGACAGUACCAACUGGGGAUACGAACCGCAUAAGGUUUGGAAGUAG